AUUUAAAUAGGCGGUCAAACAUCGAAACAUAAAAGAAAGAUCAACAUUCAAUAUAUACAACAUUUCAUGUUAUUUUGAUCCAGAGAGAGGAACAACGCACAACUGACAUUUUAUAUCUGAUCUACUGUCUACUACAACGAAAGAAAUAUGGUAAGUGUUUUUUAAAUGUGUUAAAUGCUGUCAAAUAUACUGCAUGCCACACAUUAUUUGUAGAUUUCAUGCUUGCUGAUUUCUAUCUUACCAGCAAAUCUAGCAUACAGAAUAUGUGCGAAUUAGACUAUACGCAACAUUUCUUAUACCAAUGUAUUCGCAACAUUCUUAUACCAAUGUAUAUACUUAAUUCGUAGAAUAUCUGAUUUUAUAACGUAGUAUGUUAAUUGUAUUUUGAAACUUUGCUAAAUUAAAAUACGUUUGGUUUAGGUUAGACAAAAUGCCAAAUAUGUUUCGUGCAUGUCAUUAUUUCGCUUCACUGGCUAGCUGACUCUUUACUACAUCUGUUUAGCAUUCUAUUCUAUCAUCAUUUCUUUAGAAUUCAUCUCCUCAAUGUGAAAAAUAUUCUCUGGAAAGUGUUUUUUGGUUUUGUAUUAAUUAAUUACCAAAAUACCAAAUGUAUCAAAUUACGAGCAAAUCCAGUCUAAUUGUGCAUUUCCGUUUAUUAAUUAUUAACGCUAUAUUCUGUUCAUGUGCAGUGUAGUGGCAUCUAGUUAAAAUAUUGUACUUCCUAUUUUAAGAAAAGAUUAUUCAUUUUGUCCUUUGUUCAGUUAUAUUAAUACUUUAAAGUUAAUUGUAAUUAAUAUUACAUUAAUAUAAUAAUAUUUCCAACACUUCCUCAGGGUCUAAAAUUUGCAGUAUCCCGAUAUCCACGGGAUACUAAAAUUUGAUUUUGGAUACCAAACUGUGAAUGACUUAUAUCCCAACUGGAUACUAAGAAAAUUUCAAACAUUAGGAAAAUGUUAAGCACCUCUGACAGUCUCCUGAUAGCUUUUGAAUACUAUGAGUUUGCCACCCAAGCCUUUCCUCAUAUAAUGUGCAUUUUUGUGGAUUAAUGAAUUGUCUAGUUGUUGACAACUUGACUGUUGAAUCUCCUAUUGUUAUUGUAAUUUGUAACAGCGAGAGUUAUUGGAUGGGACAGGGUAUAAUACUUAUGGUAACCAGUAUCCAGAAAUAGGAUACUGGAUUCUCAGGGGGGAUACUAAACUUUGAAUCUUGCAUGGUAUCCCAGUUGGAUACUGAGAAAAUAUUUAAAUUUCAGACCCUGCUUCCUAGACAUUUUAAAGAAUAAUAUCAUAAAGCAGGAUAUUGUUCUCCAAGAACCUGUGAAUAAAGUCUGUAUCUUAUUCUGGAAAUUGUCAUUUUGUGUUGUGAUGACAGUGGAAUAUUUCACCAACAGGUUAUAAUACCAAGUCCAAAUGCUGCAAAUCUCUCACUCCUCCCACCCCCUGUGCUGUUCAUUAUGUUAGGUUCACAAUACUGGGACAACACAGAUGGAGAAAUUACAGUUGCCAUUGAGUAAUUUUACAGUCAAACUGGAUGUUCUCUUGCAAGCAACAUUGCAAUAUUGUCUCACAAUAUUAAUUUUGUCUCACAAUAUUGCAAUUUUGAUAGGGAAAAUGCUCUAGUGAGCAACUGAAUUUGCAAACGACACAAACAAAUUGCAAGUUGAAAUUCACAAAAGAUUUGUAAACAAAGCCUGUGAUUGGACUAUAAGAAAAAGGGAAGCAGCAAUCCAGUUGCUCAGACCCAGGGGCGAAACUAGCCCCUUUUAAUAUUAGGGGCGUGUCUGGCAGAAUUGCCCUGCCAAAACCAGUGAUUGCCCUGCCAAAACCAGUGAUGCCCUGCCAUUUUUUUGGCGACGCCCGUCGCCAAAAAAAUUUCGGUCUGUGUACCAUUUUAGGGGUCAAAAAAAUUUUCCGGACAACCUAUAUUUUUCGGAACAUAACAUAAAUUUUCAAAAAAUUACACAAUUUGCGAAAAAAUUCACUUAAUUUUAGAUAAAAUUGACUGAAUUUGUCCCAUUUUUUUUUUUUUCAAACCAAAAUUGCCCGACUGUUGAUCGAAUAUUGCCCCCGCCCGGUAUGCAUAUGUGCUAUCAUUUAUUUAUUUAUAAGAGACCUUUGAUUGCCCUGCCAAUCGGGAUGAUUCGUAUUUUGGGGGGGGUGUAACACCCCCCCAUACCCCCCCUCAAGUUUCGCCCCUGCUCAGACCAUUUGAUUGGCCUCCGGCCUUUUUACUAAUAGUCCAAUCAGAAAGCUUUGUUUACAAAUCUUUUGUGAGUUUCAACUAAUUCUUGCAAUUUGUUCUCGUCACUUGCAAAUUCCUCAGAGCAAUCUCCCUAUCAAAAUUGCAAUAUUGUGGGACAAUAUAUUGCAAUAUUGCUUGCAAGAGAACAUCCAGUUUGACUGUAAAAAGAACAAAACAAUAGACACUCCGAAAAUAGUUAACAUUUUAAACAACUUUUUGACUAGGUUUCAAUCAUCAGGAAUCCAGAAUUCCUGAUGAUGACUGAAACCUAGUCGAAAUGUUGAUUAUAAUGUUAACUAUUUACAGAGGGAGAAUGUCUAUCCUUGAAUGAUAAUGUCCCACUAUAGGCAAUCAAGACAUUGGCUUGAAACAUAAUGUCUGCACAAACAUUGUCUACACAAACCUUUUGAAAUUUUCCUAUUAAUCUAGGCUGAGGUGGUUUUUCGGUAUGCCGGAAAAUACUGGGGUUUUUUUAAAAUCCGGUUUUGCCAAAGUCCAAGUACGGAAAAAACCCCGGAAAAAGACAAAGAACUGGAAAAAAAAAACAAGAUUAAAAUGCUAAUGUUUCAGCUAAUCCUAGCUGAAAACUUGUGAAUACAUUCUUUUAGCAUUGUCUUCUUACUUGUAUUUUUAUACCUUUGUAAGCUUUUGAUAUUGAGCAUCUAAAACCAAAAUUCUUCACAUACUGUAAUAAAAACACAUGCUACACGGUUUUAUGUCUGUGUGUUAUUUAUAGAUUAAAAACCGGUUUUUGGGUUUUUUCUUGACGGUUUUUGGUUUCAGUAUUUUUCAAGAACUGCCCCAGCCUAUAAUAUUUAAUCCAUAAUGCUUUAUUAGUUUUAAUACUCUGUCUAAGACCAGAUGAUUUUACUCAUGAAGGGGUGAAUGCUGGCACUCAAUGGGUUUAUAAGCUAGACUAUCUGCCCAUGUGUCUAUAAUAGUUAAACCAUUAAGUUGCAUUGCACCCAACUUGAUUAGUUCACUCUGGCUAAUGCUAAAUGGUUUUACUCAGGAGUGGCACUCAAUGGGUUGGUAUUUCAAGUUUUGGCAAGGUGAUGCUAUUGGAUGAUUGCUUCAUUAUGGCAAAAAUUGUCAUCACUGUGCACAACAAGUCUGCAUAAACAUGACUAUGGUCCCACUAUAAGGGAAGCCUCACAUAUCGAUUUUGUCCAUGAGAAACGUCAUAUGUUCAUUUCUCUGAAGAAAAGAAAGGAGGAAAAAAAUUGAGGUUGUUUUCAAGCAUGUGAAAUUUGGGAAUCUUAAAAAUACAGUGUAGAACCUGUACUGUAUAUGACUGUGUUCAUAGGGUCGCAUUUUCAGAAAAGAUUGCAUACAAGGCAUCAAAGACAUUAAAAUCUUGCCACAUCAUGACAUGUAACCCUGGGAGAUUAAGGCAGGUUUAGCAAACAUACAGUACAGGUUGUUCAGUUGCCGUUGAUUAACACACCAGGUGUGAAUUAACACAUCAACUUGUGUUCCAGGCCACCACGGCAUUGUGAUUUUUAUUGAAUUAGCGCGAGCCAAGUGUGCCGGCAAUUGGCGCGCCAUAAUGCACUGCCUUUUUAUCAGGUUAAAGAUCUUGUGGAAGCACGUCGAUUUAAAAAGUUCGUCCCCUUUCGAGUUAUUGUUGUUGCAUGCACUCUGCAAUCAUGCAUGAAUAGUUAUGCUGUAGUUAAAUACUUAAAUGGUCUUAAAUCCCACUGUAAGUGCACCAGCUGUUGAAGGAGCCAGACAGGUUUUGAAAACCAGCACGUAUUACUAUAGUGAGAACAAGUCCUUCGUUUUCUAUGUCAUUUCCCACUAGAGUAUUAGACUAAGAUUGAAAAUUGCUCUUUACUCUUUAAUUAAAAUACAUAUAUUUAUGUGAAUAAAUAUAAAUACGGUAAUUUAUGACGUAUGUAUUAACUAUUGAAAUUGUUUAACGCCAGACGAUUUUACUCGUCAACGGGAGAGCACUGCCAGUCUGCCACGUACUGGUGCUCAUUGCUCAAUGGGUUCAACCUUGUGACUGUUCAAAUGCCAAAACGCAAUUAUGUUUAUUAUAUAGUAGAGAGUGGGAUACUGAAAAAUACACUCACUGUCAGUGAGAUAUUGUCCAUAUCUUCAGACUUCACUAGUGAAGAUAUCGAUCACGUGAACGUAAUUAUGUAUAUUUUAUGUUUCAGUCAAAUGAUAACUCUAGCCGGCAGCGAAAAGGAAUGUGGCAGAAAUUGAAAGAAAAGAAAGCGAUAGAAAGAGAACAUGAAAGUAAUUUUAAAGCUGGAAGAAUUCCGAUCCAUGAACGUAAUCUACACAGAACUGGUAUCCGAGGAAGAAAAAGAUAUAUUUACUACGCAUUUUUAUAUCUACUGGGUAUUCUCUGUUUCAUUAAUCUUGUGGUAAGAUACUUUAUCGAUAUACUAAAAUGUAUUGAAUUGCAAACUUGCCUGUUCAACAAUUUCAUUUCUAAUUAAUAUAUAUAAAGAUUUUAAUGUAUGCAUUUUAAAAACUAUUCAAUACACGGAAGUACAAAGUGGCUAUACAGAGCCUUGUGAAUCCCAGCGUCACGAAAAGCCCAACGUCUCUUUCAUGAAAACGAGGCUCUAUAGCCAAGUUGACGUAAUCUAUUUGAUUGAAAUUGAGACAAAUCUAUAGAUUAUAUACGCUAUUUGAUUAUUUUAAAAAGUCGUGAUAUCUCGCCAUAUAUAUACUGUACAUGUAGACCUAAUCAAAAUUGGCUAAUGUUUAUUCGCAUGUAUAAUAAUUUAUACGCUUGAAUAUUUUUGCUUACACUGUCAUUACUGUAUAGUGUUAUAUUCAUAAAUUCAAAUGGCAAGGGAACCAUUUCACCCAUGACACCCUAAUGUAGGCUAUAUUGAUGGUAAUAAAACACCACAACGUCAUUGGUAAAAGUUCAUUUGCUUACUUUUUAAUAUUUCUUUUCCCUUUUAAUGUUUGUUUCUUUACAGAUGUUAUGUAUUAUGCUGAGUGUUCUACGUAUUGAUAAAUCUGGUAUGGAAUCUUUGUCUUUAUUUAAAUCUGGCUUGGUACGUUGGAUGCACGGAGGAGAUUUACAAAAGGUUGUAUUAAAGACUGGUGAAAUUGGAACUUUUCAGGAUCGUAGCUUGGAUAUCAGAGGAAAUAACGCUGGGGUAAGUAAAGAAAUAAUUUUACUUACCGACUCUACUCUCUGAAAUACACCCUUUCGAUAAUUAUGUCACAACUACACUGUUUUCAACAUAGGACCACCUUAAAUGGAAAGGAUUUCAAGUUUUUUUCUCAUGGGCUAUGCACAGAGAAGCAGAACAUCCUUCUUCAACACAUGCAUGAAAAAGAAUUCUUUAUUUUGCCCAAUAAAUAUGGAAAUAAGCAUUAACACGAAAACGAGGCCUCGUUUUUGUGUUAAAGCUUAUUUCCACAUACAUUAUAUGAGAUAUACAGUAUUUCAGAAAAGUUGUCCUAUGCUGGUUGCAUUUUUCGCAGCUGCUCCUGAUUAGAUCUGUAAAAUACAGGCAUAAAAUUUACACUAAAAUUUACAUCCUUCUACCAUAUAUACUGCAUGGACAUUUUCUUAAUCUUCAGCCGGAAGCAAACCUCAAUAGUUUCUUUAAAAUACUGUAUUUUAUAUUACAGGCGAAGUUUGUUCACGUUGUACCUGGAACUAAUGGAAGCUCUGGUAUGUUCUGAAUUAGAAUACUUCCAUAUCGAGUUUGUUGUAUGAAAGAAAGUGCAUGGAGUCAUGCUUAUUGUAUAAACUCUGUUCCCUGUGAAGCAGCAAAUGCACUUGCCACCUUUGGCUUUACCUGAUUUUUGUAUGCCUUAAAUUUAUAUUACAUUGUCCUAGAAUAUUUCGACAAAUGCAUUCAUUAGUUUCGUAAAUUACUACUGUCUAGUAAUUAAUAUAUUACGAGUUACGCGUUUGGAACUGAAAAUAACUUAAACGUAGGGACUAGGGUUCCAGUGUAGGUUGUAUUCUUUAUUUAAUAAACUCGUAUCUUUUGGCCGGUUUACACGACCAGUGUUUUGGGCACGGCACCCCUAAAAAUGGGCACCCGUGGCCGUGCCUAAAAUUUUAGGCACGGCACCUCUGCCUUUUGACGUGUAAACAUGACAAAAAUCGGCACCGGUGCCGAAAAAUUAAACGUGCCGAGACUUUCUCACGAGGUAGUCUCGGCACGUCUAGCAAGCGGUGCCGUGCCUUAAUUUCGAAAAAAAUAAAAAAUGUAUUCGACAUCGAGUACCCGCAAAACAAGUUGUCCUCUUUCCAACAUGACAGUAAACGGCGAAAAACUACAACUUGCCAAAAAUAAAAAACCAAAGUCAAAAAACAAAUUUAGAUAACACAGGAUGUGAAUGUUGCAGACUAGUUAAUCGGAAAUUUUGAUACCACUGCUCGUCGCUGUCUCGCUGAAUAGAGCAAUGACUAUAUAUAGGUCGUAGCAAAUGGCUGUUCUUCGAUGCGUACAUACCUCCCGAAUUCGUGGCGGGUGAAUACAAGAUAGCACAACAUUUACGCGAAAAACAACUCCUUUCGUCUUUUAACGUAUUUUUCUAGUAUCGAAUUGUUUUUCCCCUCGAUUUUCGGCUGAUAUAAUGCUCUUCUUCGUUUCAAUAAAUAUAAAUAUAUAAUUCUAUUUCUGUCCGACAUCUUCAAAAUAUACCGUCGUAAACGGAAAGUAGAAGUGCCGUUUUCCGAUGGGCACGGUGCUUGUCAUAAAAGUGUGUCUACAAAAAGUUGUCGUGUAAACGAGGGCUAUCUUUAAAACGGGGAAUCGGGGAAUCCGGCCCUACCCGUAAGUACAAUCGCCACGCCGACAACCCUCCUCCUUUCCCAUCUUAGGCUAAUUAUAUUUAUAACACUAAAACUUGUCUAAGGAUAAUGGUGGUGCAUGGAUCCACAAUACAACAGCCGUUCUAAGAAGCAUGUUCAAUAUUCAAUUGUUAAAUUUUGCUUUGCAAUCAAUGUGUAUAGUUAACGUUGUAUAUUUAGCAAUUAUAUACCCUCUCUUUUGUGAGCGACUUUUCACAUAUAUUUUAACAACUUUUUCCCAAUUUUAUUGUUUUUAUUGCAAAAUCUGUAGAAGCCUAGCUGCCUAGGAGUAUAGGAUUGCCAGGAACCGGGCAUCCGGAAAUUUCGAUUUCAUAAUUAUAAAGUGCACCUAACCGCAAUUCUUUUUAUCAUCUCAUUUUUAAGAACUUCUGAAAUGGUAUUGUAACGUAUUUUGAAGAUUUUCGUUUGCACACUUUGUCUCUGAGUUAUUUCAGUUUUAUUGAUAUGCAAAUGUCCGGAAAUUUACGUCACAUAUGAAUAAUGACUGAUCAAAGACAAAGAAUGUAAGGUAAAUAAAAAGGCUAAAUGUGUUUUACCUAGGUAUGUAAUCCUCCCACAACUCCAAACUUCAUUUUAAUGAAUUAAACUCGAUAGUGUAUACGAUAUACACAAGCUUUUAGUUUAAAUCAUUAUGCAUUUGUGACGUAAAUUCCGGAUAUUUGCAUACCAAACAAACUGAAAUAUCUCAGAAACAACAUAAGCAAACGAAAAUCUUCAAAAUAAAUUAUUAUAUCAUUUCAGAAGCUCUUAAGAAUGAGAUGAUAAAAAAGAAUCGAUGAAGAAUUGAUAAAAACAAAUGAAAUCAAAAUUUCCGGAUGUCCGCGGUUCCGAGCAAUUCCCUAGCUAGGCAGCUAGGCUUAUACAGAUUGUGCAACGAAAAUAAUAAAAUUGUGAAAAAGUUGUUAAAAUAUAUGCGAAAAGUCGCUCACAGAAGAGGGGGUAUAUAAAGGCAAAAUAUAACGUUAACUAUACACAUAUUGAUUGCAAAGCAAAAUUUAACAAUUGAAUAUUGAACAUGCUUCUUAGAAUGGCUGUUGUAUUGUGGAUCCAUGCACCACCACUAUAUAUCCUUACACAAGUUUUAGUGUUAUAAAUAUAAUUGACCUAAGAUGGGACGGGAGGAGGGUUGUCGACGUGGCGAUUGUACUUACGGGUAGGGCCCGAUUCCCCGUUCCCUGUUUUAAAGAUAGCACGGUGCCCAUUUUCAGGGGUGCCCAACACGUUUGUUGUGUAAACCGGUCUUUUAUUUCUUGUAUUUAAUCUGCAGCUAAAUUACAUUGGACAUUAUUUUAUGUUUUUUUUUAUCUGCUGGUUACAUUCAUUAUGAUCUUACAUUACUUGAAACAGUUCCUUCUAUUUUUCAUUUCAUUUUCAUUUCGUUUUUCUCUGUAGCUUACAUCGGACCUGAUCACACUCUACUGAAAGCAAAGAACGGUGUACGUAUAGUUUCAUCUGAAAUCGACAAGACAGUACUUCAUAUAGCAGAGCGUGAAGUUGUCUGGGAUGUCCCUGCUAAAGCUGUCGAUUUAGACACAACCUACGUUGUUUCACACAGGGUAGGUUUUGUAUACAAUAACAAAACACAUAUCAUGCACAUUGGUAUAGACAUGCAGUAAAAUCACAUAUCCAUUUUAGAGUUUUUAUUGAUUUUUCCGUCACUAAUAAAAGUGAUAAUCCGACAUAUAGUUUUAAUGAUAUACAGGACAUUAAUUAAAUGGAUGUUUAUAGAAAUAUUUUCUGGUCGUCUCUAUUUAUUUUUCAAUUCUGUUAGUAAGCUCACUGGCACUGUAUAUGUUCUAUUUUCUCAGAUCACUAGUGACGACGGUAAAGACUUGAGAAUCGAACCUGCAGGAACUGUGACAAUUCGAGGAAACGAAAAUGUUUUCAUUGAUUCUGGAAAGUUGAACCUGAAAGCAAAGAACAGCAUCACACUGGGAAUUGGAAAAGAGGUAAGUGAACGUUUUUCUGUUUACACACAUACAUAUUAACCCAACGUAAACUACACAAAUAAUAUGGACGUAUAGAU